CAUAUAGUUUUGGAUUUAUAUCUUGUUUGAUCCAUUUUUAUGUGGUGAGUAUCCUUCAUCUUCGCAAAAAGCUAUGAAGACAUGGAUACCCAUCUAGAUUUUCCUGAAUAAGACCCCAAAACUUUGUCGAUACGUAGUAAAAAAGAAGACAGCUUCUUUUGUAUGCAUUGGAAGAUUUUAGAGACCCUGAGAUUGCGAAAUGGAAAGAGGAGUGAAAUUGGACAGGUGGGGGUAUGAGGUAUCUACCUCUUCUGAUUCCUGUAUCUCUUCGAUCAAUGACUACUAUUAUCAGGUACUUACUUAUGGAAGGAAUAGAAGCGUGAUUCUCGAAGCUCCUCUUCAUGAUAAAGACUGUGUUUUGGCCAACAUUCUGGCUGCUCAUUUCCUUUGUUCCUCCGACCCUUGUAGAGCUCAGUUACAUACUCAAGCCGCCAAAUCUCAUCACGAGAAAGCAACCCCGUAUGAGAAAGCUGUUUUUGAUGCUGUCAAUUAUUUGAUCUCUGAGGACAGAGACGAUGAUGUGGCUGUUGAGUUGCACUCGAAGCUAUUGAGAGAGUUUCCUAAAGAUUUGGGUUCUUUGAAGAGAGCCCAGGUGCUGUGCUUCUACAUGGGUCGACCUGAUUUUUCUCUAGCUCUUGUUCAGCAGGUUCUCCCCAAAAAUCAAGAAGAAAGUUACAUUUACGGAAUGCUUGCUUUUCCAUUACUAGAGCUCGGCCGGAUGGCUGAUGCUGAGGAAGCUGCAAAAAAGGGGUUUCAGAUCAACAAGCAAGACUACUGGGCACAGCAUGCUUUGUGUCAUGCCCUUCAGUAUGAGUGUCGUUUCAGGGAAGCAAUAAAUUUUAUGGAAGAAUGCUCGCCUUCCUGGAGUUCUUGUUCAUCAUUCAUGUACACACACAAUUGGUGGCAUGUUGCUCUUUGUUACAUGGAAGGUCACUGCUACAUAAGAAAAGUCCUCGAGGUUUAUGAUCAUUGUAUCUGGAAGGAGUUGGAAAGAAGUGAUGCUGUGUGUGCAGAGGUGUACUUGAAUGCUCUGGGUUUACUAUUACGUGUGGAUGUGCGCGGUGAACUUGGCAUCUUUGAGGAUCGCCUGAAGAUCUUAGCAAGUAAUCUGAAAAAUCAUGAAAAUUGGUACAUAGAGUUGCAUCUUGAUGUGUUGAUAUUAUGGGCAUUAGCUAAAACAGGAGAGCUUUCAAAAGCAGGGGAUUUGCUUGAGGGCUUGAAGUCUCGACAUUGUAGAAUGAGCGAGAAGAAGAAGCAAAUAAUGCAGAAAGGAAUUCUGCUUGCAGAGGCCCUGUAUGAAUAUGGAAGGGGUGAUGAUAAACGGGCUUUGGAACUUCUCGGACCAGAUUUUGACGCCAUUGACUGUAAGAUCAUCGGAGCAUCUGAUGAACAGGUUGAUGUGUUUAAUGAAGUUUGGUACUGUAUGAUGCUGAACACUGAACGAGCUAGCGAAGCAAUCAAAGUAAUAGAGACGAGGAUCAAGAAAAGGGAAGGACUCCCUUUCUUGUGGCGCCUCCUGGAGCGAGGUUAUUUGAUGACAGGCAGCCCGGAAGCGGCUCGUGCGGGUGAAAGGGCAAGGAUACUAGAAGCAGCCUACUUCUAAUAAAUGCUGUGAAAGCACGUGCUGGGCGCCUAGGCAGGACAAGGUUUCAAUAAUGUAAUGGCAUUGCGUGAAUCUGUGUGAUCAAAGUAGAUUGAAUAAUCGUUCACCUGGGGAAGAAAGAAGACAAAAUAUAAAAAAAAAAAAAACAUGUAUGCAUGUGAAGUAUGUAAUCCAUGUGAGAAUAAAGAUGGGAGGCUGCAAGUUGGUUUUCUUUCAUUA